AUAAUGUUUUAUCUACGUUAGAUGAGAAUAAUGUAUCAGUGUAAGUUUCUGUUACUAAAUGUAGAUAUAUUUGGAAUUAUAAACAUCUAAAAGUUUUGUUUGGGAAAUGCGUAGAAGGAAAUUAAUGAUUUUAUAUUUCGCUGUAGUAACGUUAAAAUUGCUUUUAGGAACAAAAUCAAAAUCUACUGAUGAUUUAAAACGAGAAACAUGGACUGGAACUACUAUAAAGAACGAAAUGUCAUCUAAAAGUAAUUCGAACGAUGCAGUUGAGACAAACGCCAGACGAAUGAAAUCUCUUGAAAAAGCAUGCAGAAAUUUAGGGUAUACAGACGAUAAUUAUACAAUAGCUAUUCGUGCACAUAUGUCUCCAGAUUACAAAUGUCUUUAUUGUCGUGUAAACAAGUGCGCUUCUACCACGACUCUUGAAAUAAUGAGACAAAUUUUUAACUGUGAUACCGACUGUUUGGUCAAAAUGGCAUCUAUAGUUAGGUCAAAUGUGAAUGCAAGUAAAAUAAUGAAAGAUGCUUUUUCAUUCAUGGUGGUUCGUGAGCCGUACGGGCGGUUGUUUUCAACCUACUGUAAUAUAUUUUAUUUUCCUAAAGAAGAUUGGAUUUACAGGGGAACUAAGAUUAUAAAAUUAUCAAGGUCGAAUAUUUCGUCAGAUAGUCUUAACUUUGGACACGACUUAACUUUUUCAGAGUUAAUAAAGUAUAUUGUUGAAUCAUUUGAGAACGGUCUUCGUUUAGAUGAACAUGUCAGACCGAUGCACCAUAAAUCAUGCAAUCCGUGUUUAUUCCAUUUUGAUUACAUCGCGCACUUAGAAACACUUAAUAAAGACUUUGAAUAUAUUUUAAAGACCAUGUACAAUAGAAAGAUAAUUCAAAACUACCCCGGAGACAUUGUGUCAUCUCUUAGAGAAUGGACUCUUUACGGACCUGUUAAGCAUUUAUUUCGAACUAUAUUGCUUGUAAAAGGAUCUAGUAUUUCACAAUACAGCAUAUUCCUUAGAGCAUGGAGUUAUUAUCAAAUAACAGGACAAAUUUCAAAAACCAUAGCUUUUCCGUAUAGCAAGGACAAUUUCAAAUUAAUUACGAAAGACGAAUUUAUUCGAGCAUUAAAAACUGCUAUUGAGUCGUCUAGAAGAGAAGGUAACGAUCUAAACAAACAGAGACAUGAGGCCAUGCUUCAAGCAUAUUCUACAGUCUCUCCUGAAUACAUGGAAAGAUUGCGAAAAGUAGUAGCAACUGACUGUUUUUUGUUCGGUUAUCAAGAGAGACUAGAUUUCAUAUUUAACAGAAGUAAAUUGUCAUCAAAUAAAGACUUUAAUACAUUUAACUUUUUCAAAGGUCUUUAGAUGAUACAACAAACAAUAGGGCUAAAUAUUGAUUCCCUCCGACUUUGUGCAAGAGCAAUAAAGCAAUUACACGACACUGCAUAUUCAUAAACCUUAUAUUUCAAGUAUUUUUUUUCUAUAAAUGUCGCAGAACUGACCA